AUCUUCACUCUGAUGAGGGCUCAGAGGUGAUAACACCUGUGGUUCCCCAUCCUGGUAGGAGCUGGCGUGACAUCUGCUGGCUGCCUCCUCUCCUCUCCAUUAGCCAGAGAUAUUGGAUUUCCCACCCAGAAUCUUUAGGCAAAUGAGAUCAUGAUUCUGGAAGGAAGUGGUGUAAUGAAUCUCAAUCCCAGCAGCAGCCUCCUCCACCACCAGCCGACCUGGACAGACAGCUACCCCACGUGCAAUGUUUCCAGCGGGGUUUUUGGAGGACAGUGGCAUGAAAUCCACCCCCAGUACUGGACCAAGUAUCAGGUGUGGGAGUGGCUGCAGCACCUCCUGGACACCAACCAGCUGGAUGCCAGCUGCAUCCCUUUCCAGGAGUUUGACGUCAACGGCGAGCAUCUGUGCAGCAUGAGUCUGCAGGAGUUCACGCGGGCAGCAGGCACGGCGGGGCAGCUGCUCUACAGCAACUUGCAGCAUCUCAAGUGGAAUGGUCAGUGCAGCAGUGACCUAUUCCAGUCCACACACAAUGUCAUUGUCAAGACUGAACAAAAUGACCCUUCCAUUAUGAACACCUGGAAAGAAGAAAACUAUUUAUACGACACCACCUAUGGUAGCACAGUAGAUCUAUUGGACAGCAAAACUUUCUGCCGGGCCCAGAUCUCCAUGACCACCACUGGUCACCUUCCUGUUGCAGAGUCACCUGAUAUGAAAAAGGAGACAGACCACCCUACAAAGUCCCACACCAAAAAGCACAACCCGAGAGGGACUCAUUUGUGGGAAUUUAUCCGUGAUAUUCUGCUGAACCCAGACAAGAACCCAGGGUUAAUCAAGUGGGAAGACCGGUCUGAGGGCAUCUUCAGGUUCUUGAAAUCAGAAGCCGUGGCUCAGCUAUGGGGAAAAAAGAAAAACAACAGCAGCAUGACGUAUGAGAAGCUCAGCCGGGCCAUGAGAUAUUACUACAAAAGAGAAAUUCUGGAACGGGUGGAUGGACGCAGGCUGGUGUAUAAAUUUGGGAAGAAUGCUCGUGGGUGGAGAGAAAAUGACAACUGAGGCUACCACCGUUGGGAACACAAACCAAAACACACACCAAAUAAACAACAGCCAGCAAAGGACUCCUGGGCGUACAUAUUUCAAAGACAACUUUUCUGUGAUGUUUAUGUACCGCCAGGGAGAAAAAUCUACUUCUAAUGUCAAGAAGGAGCACUACAGUUGAUAAAAUAAUUUUUUUUUUGUUACUUUGAAGUAUGUCCUAUACGGAGAACAGAUGUACACAGUUUUCUGUGAAAUAUGAUGCUGUAUGUGGUCCUGAUUUAUUUUUUGCCUCUAUUGUGAAGCUUUUUUUUUCCUAUAAGAAUAACAGGGCUUGUUGCCUUGCUAAGAGAAAGAAAAAAAUUCAGAGGGCAUUAAAUAUUUUCAUACGCAAAAUGAUUUAGGAAAAGACACUGUGUCCUUCCCACAUAAGCACUCACAUGACCUCAUCAAGAGAGAUGGACAUGGCUGUUGGGAUGGAGUUUGGGGUCUCACAUGGAUGGGAUAAACCAGAAGAUGCUGGAAAGCUUGAUAUCUAGGUGCCAAGGCAUGGAGAAAGGGGAUUUCCAAAAUCAGGGUAGGCUGUGAUCCCUGCAUAAUCAUGUGACUUGAAAUGCUCAAAUCAGUAAGAAUAAUGGUGGGGGACUUUUUAUUUAUUCAGGAAUGAUUCACCUGUUCUUCCUUUCUCCUAGAAUUGUUGGUGAAAAAAGCUUAAAAGGAGAGGGGGGAGGGAGAGAGAGAGAGACAGAGAGAGAGAGAGAGAGAGAGAGAGAGAGAGAGAGAGAGAGGGACAAGAGCAAUCCAGGGAAAACUCUAUUUGCAUGUAUUAUUACAGUCUUCUGUCUUUGAGUCAUCUCUGUCUCAUCUGAACACAUCUCAAAGUGAAUGGUUUAUUGCUGAGACUUGCAUUCAGAGGAAAGUCUAAAAACAAGAUAGAAAUUAAAGGCAGGGAGGCGAGAAAAGACAAACAGAAAAUUCAGCUCAGGGGUAAGGCAUUGGGAGCUUCUUCCCUAAUACUGGGAUUGUUCUGGAAUACUUGACUUACUGGGCCAUGAAAUCCAGGAAUGAAAAAUCUGUAGACAAUUUGAAAAUUGAACGUCUAGAUUUCUUUUUGAGACUUUUCUUUUUGGCUUCUUCAUGUUACUGACUUUCUCCUUCACCCCGCCUGUCUGUCUUUAGCAAUUAUAUGGAAGAAAGACUCAUAUUAGUAGGAAGCAGUGCUCUCUAUCAGCCAAUAGAGCCCCUGUUACUGAGUCUUACCCAGUGAAGGUGAGCAAUUCAUACUCACUGGUUGCUAAGUAAUUGCAUGUGUUUAGAAGGCUGGAAGCAAGAAGAAUUAAGAAUUCAUUCUACUUAUAAUGAGGACCAUUACGAGUGGUGAUCUUGGAGCACCCAUAAUCUACCUUCUGAAAAUAUAACCAAAUUAGUUUCAUUUCUGCCUUGCUUGGUCACCUCCACACAGCUUUUAUUAACAAGUAACAAUUAUUGAGAGGACUGAGGAAAAAAAAAAACAGUGAGCAGCAAAGAUCUUGACUAUGCAAUUCAGAUUAUUUCUGCAUAAAGAUACCCAAUUUUUCAAGAAUCUGAGUGCUUUCCCACCAUUUGGUCACGUGUGUAACACACAGAUACUUGCGUGUCCAUGUGUGUCCGAACUAUGUGAGGGUAUCAAGGGCGCCUUCCAAUUCUUUGCUGUUCUUUUCCUGGCUUUGCCUUUUCAUCAUCACCACUAUCUAGAUCUUCCUCAUGCUUACCCUUCCUCAAACCUAGAAGUUUAACGGGCUUUGACUCUUUCUGCUACCUUUCCUUUGAUGUACUGCCUUUGCCAGGGAGUAGGUAAAUCUGGGGAGCACUACGGAGAACAGUUCUACAGAUAAGCAGCAAAUUGUGCUAGUUUCUGAAAGUGGCAGGUUAUUGGCACCUGGCACCUAUUUAACUAGGGCUGCAGUAUUAAGUUCUCGUGUACCUGUCUCUUGUCUUGGCCUGACUUUGCUGCCUUUUCUAUGUGCCAUUCGUGACUUGGAGAGCUCCAGGUAAUUGAGACAUGCCAACCUGGGGUGUGAACAGAGUAGUUCCUACUAGUGUUGAAAGGGGAAUACAAAGUCUUGCUGAGGAAUGUCCCAUUGUUUGGGGGACACACAGCUUUUCACUUGAGAAGUUCAUCCGUGAUCGGUGUCCAUCUAGUCACUAAACACAGUCUCCUGGAACCUCCUUAAGUCCAACUCCUCCCUUCUCCUUUCUAAUGAGCCUUUUUGUUGUUGUUGUUGUUGUUGUUGUUUUUUGGUACCGGGGAUCAAACUCAGGUCCUGGCUCCCAGAACGCACAGUUUCUGGAAGGUGCCAUUGAGAAGGGCAGACCCAAGUUGUGAGCUUUCCUCCGAAUACACUGAUCCUUCCUCAAAGUUCUUGUCUCACUAGACUGUAAGCUGUUUGAGGGCAAGGACCAUGUCCCAUCACUACUGCUUGCCUGGUACGUGGCAUGACGCAGGAAAGUAAAUAUUUGUUGGAUGAAUGAAUGAAUGCAUGAAUGCCUUCUAGAAGACUUCUCUGGAAGGCUGUAUCAAUAAUUGGAAUGCGAAUCAUUUCUUCUCUGGAAUAAGAGCACUACAGCCGUAUCUUCCAGGACAUAUUAUCUGUCGUAAACAUUUUACUGUGAGACUUUUUACUUCAUCUUUCUACCAGCGCAGAAGUGAAACCCAAAGCUGUUCGGUUCCACAAGUCAGCGCGUGUUGGAGAAUUCUGUCACCUUACUUGGAACUGUGAGACUUCUCUGGUACAAGGCGCUAGUAAUUAACUCCUUGACCUAUUUUAACCAAUGAAGAUUAUGAACGUGUUUAUAUGAUGUAAAUUGCUAUUUAAGCAUAAAACAGUUCUAAGUUUUAGCAUUUUUGGGUUGGUUUUUAUUUUGUUUUUUCUUUUUGAGAAGUACUGAGGGAUCUUUUGACAAGGUUAGCAAUGCAUGUUAGAUUUUAGUUUUGCAAGUGUGUUGUUUUCAGAUGUAUAAAAUAUAAGAAAAGGUAAAGCAUCAAGAGAGACAAUUAUAUUAUUCUAGUUUUUUUAAAAAAACCAUUUGGUGAGUGCCUACUAUAUGUGAGGAGCUUGUCUAAUUGUGUAGAGUAUAGCAGAUCCUCCAUGUGUGCCCCUCAAUGGAAGAACAUUACAGUACUCACAAUAUCAGAACAAAAUUACCCUCAACUUUGGUUCUCAGGAUUUGGUUUCUGGAAUAAGACAACACUGAAAGAGAAAAAGAGAAAAAAAGCCAUUGAGACUUUGUCUUAUAAAGCUUUGAAACGUGCCAGGCCUUCACAAGUUGAAUUAAAUUGGGAUUAAUCUUACUGUAGCUAUCUGCAUAGUUCUUGCUUUUCUUGCCAUCUGGUUUCUGGGUUGACAGUUUGUGGAAAGCAACCCUACUGCUUUUAUUGUUUUAAAAAAAUUAGAAAUCUUUCCCUUUAAACUAUGUUAAAUUUUAACCAAGUAUUCCUAUUUUAUUAGAGAAUUAUAUUUUUCAAAAUUUGGGGGUUUGUUUUGUUUGUUUGAUG